CGGCGGGCCUACAGUGGCGAGCGCGCAAGAUGGUCGCCCCGGCAGCUCCGUAGAGGCGGCUGCGGCUCAGUCUCGGGCUUUAGGGCGAGGCGGGCGUCUAGAAGCAGGCCUCGCCCAGGUGACAGGAGGUCGGGGAGGUGCCGCCGGGCCUCGUGGGGUGCCAGGCCCGCUCGCUGCAGUUCCCGGGCCCCGCCACCUCCCUAUCCCUGCCCCCGGGUGGAACCGAAGAAGGUCAGGUCCGCUGCCCCGCCCGUCCUCGCCUCAGGGCGGACGCUGUGUGUGGGUGGCUCACUGUUUAACAUUGACUCCACCCAAGUGCAUUCUCCAUGGCGGCCUCGCAGGUCCCGGGGGAGAAGAUUAACAUCCAGGCAGGAGAGACGGCCAAGGUCGGGGACAGGGACCUGCUGGGGAACGGCUGUCCCGAGCAGGACAGACCACCGCAGCGCUCGUGGAGGCAGAAGUGCGCCUCCUAUGUUCUGGCCCUGCGGCCCUGGAGCUUCAGUGCCUCACUCACCCCGGUGGCCCUGGGCAGUGCCCUGGCCUACAGAUCCCAGGGCGUCCUGGAUCCCAGGCUGUUGGUGGGUUGUGCCGUAGCUGUCCUCGCUGUGCACGGGGCUGGCAAUUUGGUGAACACUUACUACGACUUUUCCAAGGGCAUUGACCACAAAAAGAGUGAUGACAGGACCCUGGUGGACCGAAUCUUGGAGCCCCAGGAUGUCGUCCGGUUUGGAGUCUUCCUCUACACCUUGGGCUGUGUCUGUGCUGCUUGCCUCUACUACCUGUCCCCUCUGAAACUGGAGCACUUAGCUCUCAUCUACUUCGGAGGCCUGUCUGGCUCCUUUCUCUACACAGGAGGAAUUGGAUUCAAGUACCUGGCUCUGGGAGACCUCAUCAUCCUCAUCACUUUUGGCCCGCUGGCUGUGAUGUUCGCCUACGCCGUCCAGGUGGGGUCCCUGGCGGUCUUCCCGCUGGUCUACGCCAUCCCCCUCGCCCUUAGCACCGAGGCCAUCCUCCAUUCCAACAACACCAGGGACAUGGAGUCCGACCGGGAGGCUGGCAUCGUCACGCUCGCCAUCCUCAUCGGCCCCACUCUCUCCUACAUGCUCUACAACACGCUGCUCUUCCUGCCCUACCUGAUCUUCAGCAUCCUGGCCGUGCACUGCAGCAUCAGCCUGGCACUGCCCCUGCUCACCAUUCCCAUGGCCUUUUCCCUUGAGAGACAGUUCCGAAGCCAGACUUUCAACAAACUGCCCCAGAGGACUGCCAAACUCAACCUUCUGCUGGGCCUCUUCUAUGUUUCCAGCAUCAUUCUGGCACCAGCAGGCAGUCUGCCCAAACUCUAAGGGGGCCAGUAGCCGCACCCCACAACAUGUCCCCCUUUCUUAGAAUGUGUUGAAGGCAGCGUGUCUGAGGAGGGAAGGUGAUUUGGCAGUGAGGGGCUUAAGGAUGGCUUGUGAACGCCCACCUUUUUUUAUUAUUACAUUCUUAAAGAGAAUGUUUUGUUUUUGUUAUUUUAUUCCAUUUUAUGGGGACUCUUGAAACCACUCUGGUGUCAGAACAAGGUAAAUUGGACGCAUGGCCCUUGUUUUAUUUAUAAUUUCCACUAGAGGGUGUCGUCAGGUCACUUUUAGUGGACUACAGUGCCCUAAGACUUGGUGAAGGAACUGCCCAGGUUGGCCUCCUGUCCUGAAAGAGCCAUAGUAACUGGGCCAAGUGUCCUCUGCUAUUUUGGUCUGGCAGGAUACGUUGAUGAUCCCCAGUGACAAGGAGCACCUGUCUCUUACCCUGAGCACUUGGGUCCUGAAAUACACUGCCUUGAGAGAGAAAGUCCCUCAUUAAUAGCCCGACGGGGCUCUAGGCUUUUUGCCUAAAUUGUGAUUCAGACCCUUUUGUCCUCACUUCACUUAUUGCCACAGUUGAGGAAAAGCAUCAGAUCACCCCGCAGCAGGACAGUGGAGCCGAGGGCUUGGAAGGAAAAAAAAAAAAAAAAAAAAACAACACCUUGGAGGCAGCUGAGAAAAUCACUCUGCUUUUGGAUAGAAACUGGUAGGGCUGCUGGUUUCCCCUUGUAGAGCCCCCUGGCAUGACGGGAAGGACUCCCAGCCCUUUCAGUAACCAGCAGCACUCUGAAGUUGUAGAGGCCCUGGCGGUCCUUGCCGACUACUGAAGGCCCACGAGGCCGCUUCUUCCCCUGCCCCAUCGUGUUUCCUCGCACUCCCCUACACCUGCCCUCCAUUUCUUUCAGGUCCCCAUUUGUGUGUCUCCCAUCCGUGGAGCCCUGCUGUUUGGGCAGCAGCUUAGCAACUGAGUCAGGGAUGGUUGCCCCUGUCCACAGAACCAUAGGACGAGCAGCCCAGGGACAGCGGCUCCUCCAUGAGUGAAUAAGCCAAUGGCCAGACAGUCCUGACCCUGUUCAGCCAAAGAGACAGGCUCAGCAGUGAAGAAACUGCAUCCCCCUCCUUGAGGACAGAUAUACAAUUCUGAGCCGGCUUUUCCCAAAGGCUUCGGUUGCCUUGUGCAGAGAUAGUUUGUCCCCAGGAUGGGGGAAUUGUAGCGUUGAUCAAAGCUGCUUCUUGUUUCAGUGUCUGUGAAGUAUAACUUCUGGGCUAGAAUUGCUUGGUUGCAUUGGGUCCAAGACCAAAAUAGAUUGAGACCAUCGUCAUCAUGCUUUUCUGUUGUGAUUAUAGCCAUUCUGAUAGGUAUUUCAGGGUCUUGGCCUGCAGAAAAUGACAUCAGAACUAGCUCUUAAUCCUUGAAAUCAGGCCAAUUAUGAUUUGGCUCCUUGAGUUAGAAUUGGGUAGCUUACUUGGAAAAAACAUAUUUGGAAAUUGCAAAAGUUCCUCUAAAGUUAAAGGUGGUUUGUCUGCAGAGUUCCAGAAUCUUCACAUAGUGGUCAGAGCCCAGUAAUGAGGAAAAGGAGGACAGCCCUCUCUCCUGUCUGUCUUCUCCCAGCACCGUUUUUGUUUUAUGCCAGGCUAGUGGCAUUUUGGUGCUCACAGGAGUCCUGCCUUCAAAGAGACAAGCUUUUCGGGCUCCUUCCCAGCAGGCCAUUGUCACAUAAGGCUCACCCCUGAGGCCGUCGGACCGAGAGCUCCCUGCGUCCACAGACCAGACCACCUUGGUAAGCCCUCCCUUUGGGGGUGUCAGUUAACCUCUGCACUGUGUUCUGGCGCAGGUAUUAAUGCAUAUUUUUAUAUAUAAAUCUUUCUAAAAGGCCAAAUUUGAUGCCAGGUUUUACAUGCAGGUCACUAUAAUUAGUAUUACAUCCCCUGAUUCAA